GGAGCCAUGGCCGAGAGGAAGGCAGCGGGGCGGCAGGGCGAGGAGGAGGAGGUGCCGGCCUUCUUCAAGAACCUGGGCUCGGGCAGCCCCAAACCCCGGCAGAAAUUCUGCGGCAUGUUCUGCCCGGUGGAAGGCUCCCUGGAGAACAAGACCAUCGACUUCGACUCGCUGUCCGUGGGCCGCGGCUCCAGCAAGAUCGUGGCCCAGCAGAGGGACGUGGCGCAGCUGGGCCCGGAUUCGCCGUCCCCCUACUCGCGCCAGAGCAGGAAGGCAGGGGAACCAUCUGUUGAAUUCGGGAGGAAGGUGGAGAUCCGAGCGGCCACCGGCAAAGAGGCGCUGCAGAACCUCAAUGACAAGAGCGAUCGUCUUUUGAUCAAGGGUGGUAAAAUAGUUAAUGAUGACCAGUCUUUCUAUGCAGAUAUUUACAUGGAAGAUGGGUUGAUAAAGCAAAUAGGGGAGAAUCUGAUUGUGCCAGGUGGAGUGAAAACUAUUGAAGCCCAUGGAAGGAUGGUCAUACCUGGGGGAAUAGAUGUCCAUACCCGCUUCCAGAUGCCAGAACAGGGAAUGACCUCUGCUGAUGACUUCUUCCAAGGAACCAAAGCUUCCCUGGCUGGAGGCACCACCAUGAUCAUUGAUCACGUAAUUCCAGAGCCAGGGUCCAGCCUGCUCACCGCGUUUGACCAGUGGCGAGAAUGGGCGGAUAGCAAAUCCUGCUGCGACUACUCCCUCCACGUGGAUAUCACAGAGUGGCAUAAAGGUGUUCAGGAGGAGAUGGAAGCCCUCGUGAAAGACCAUGGUGUGAACUCUUUCUUGGUUUACAUGGCCUUCAAAGAUCGCUUUCAGCUCACUGACUCGCAGAUAUAUGAGGUCCUGAGUGUAAUCCGUGAUAUUGGUGCCAUCGCUCAAGUCCAUGCUGAGAACGGUGACAUCAUUGCUGAGGAGCAGCAGAGGAUUCUGGAACUGGGGAUCACAGGCCCCGAAGGGCAUGUAUUGAGCAGACCUGAGGAGGUGGAAGCUGAGGCUGUGAAUCGGGCAAUCACCAUUGCCAACCAAACUAACUGCCCCCUCUACAUUACCAAGGUGAUGAGCAAAAGCGCUGCAGAUGUUAUUGCUCAGGCCAGGAAAAAGGGCACUGUGGUAUAUGGCGAACCCAUCACAGCCAGCCUGGGGACUGAUGGAUCUCAUUACUGGAGUAAGAACUGGGCCAAGGCAGCAGCCUUUGUCACUUCCCCCCCACUGAGUCCUGACCCAACCACUCCUGACUUUCUCAACUCGCUGCUGUCUUGUGGAGACCUUCAAGUAACUGGCAGUGCUCACUGCACCUUCAACACUGCCCAGAAAGCUGUUGGAAAGGAUAACUUUACCCUGAUCCCUGAAGGGACCAAUGGGACCGAAGAAAGAAUGUCCAUCAUCUGGGAUAAGGCUGUGGUGACUGGUAAGAUGGAUGAGAACCAGUUUGUGGCUGUGACUAGCACAAAUGCAGCUAAGAUUUUCAACCUGUAUCCUCGGAAGGGACGCAUUGCAGUGGGUUCUGAUGCUGACUUGGUUAUCUGGGACCCUGACAGCGUCAAGACGAUCUCUGCGAAGACUCAUAACAUAGCUCUGGAGUACAACAUCUUUGAAGGCAUGGAGUGUCGUGGGUCUCCGCUGGUGGUUAUCAGCCAGGGAAAGAUUGUGCUGGAGGAUGGGAACCUCCAUGUAACUGAGGGUUCUGGAAGAUAUAUCCCUAGGAAACCGUUCCCUGACUUUGUUUACAAGCGCAUCAAGGCCAGGAGCAGGCUGGCUGAGCUGAGAGGUGUCCCACGUGGACUGUAUGAUGGUCCUGUCUGCGAAGUAUCAGUGACACCAAAGACUGUCACACCAGCAUCCUCUGCUAAGACAUCUCCAGCCAAACAGCAGGCCCCACCUGUCAGAAACCUGCACCAGUCUGGAUUUAGCUUGUCUGGCGCACAGAUCGACGAUAACAUCCCCCGCCGCACUACGCAGCGCAUCGUGGCCCCACCCGGCGGACGUGCCAACAUCACCAGCUUGGGCUAAGAAACAAACCCUUCUGUGGCCGCCUAGCGAACCCGGGGAAGGGGGCGCGGGGCACCUGGAGACCCUUGUGAUUCUUUUAGAGCCUGUGACAGUUACUGCGGGCAACCAAUGGGUGGGGUCAAGUAAGGCGCCACUUUCUGUUCCCUCUCAACCCCCUGCCCUCCUCAUCCUCACUGCACCCACUCACUUCCCCUCCUGUCCCUGAACAUCUAAAGAGACAACCCCAGCCCUGUUUUUGACACCUCUGACAUGCAAAAAUAAAUGGAAAGAGGAUGUUUGCCACAUGUGGCCUCUGUUCCCAUUCAGCAUCUUUCUUUUGGCAAAGGAAGGAGAAAGUGAAUUUCCCAGGAGCUGCCUUUAUUAAAAAAAGAAAAAAAAAAAAAAAAAAAGAA